GCGCUACGGUUCCGGGUAGCAAGCCGUAGGGGCAGCGGGGCUCGUGCGGGCGGAAGAGGCUCGCGGAGAGGGGCGGUUGGUCUAGUGCCGAGGGCAAAGCGAGCGGACGCAGCGCGUGUCCUCCGUCACCCUCCCCCUCCCCCGCGCCCACCGUCGUCUGUCUCGUGCGCGCCCUUCGGCGGUUGGAACUGCUUACGGGUCGUUUCGUCAGGCGGGCGGAGCUCUCGGGGAGCCCGGAGUGGUGGGGCCGGGAGGGGGGCGGAGGCAUCGCGCUCUCCCUCAGCCGUUGCUUGGGGGCGGCGCCCGGGUCUUUUUUUUUUUUCCUUCCUUCCCCUUCCCCUCCUCCGGUGGGAAACUCCCCCGGCUCGCCUCGACGUGUGAUUGGGUGGAAGAUGGCGCUGCGCGGAUGGAAAUCCUAAUGACAGUCUCCAAAUUCGCCUCCAUCUGUACCAUGGGCGCUAAUGCCUCAGCCUUGGAGAAAGAAAUUGGUCCGGAACAGUUUCCAGUCAAUGAGCAUUAUUUUGGUUUAGUAAAUUUUGGAAAUACAUGCUACUGCAAUUCAGUUCUUCAGGCACUUUAUUUUUGUCGUCCAUUUCGGGAGAAAGUCUUGGCAUACAAAAGUCAGCCCAGAAAAAAGGAAAGUCUUCUUACUUGCUUAGCUGAUCUUUUCCACAGCAUAGCCACCCAGAAGAAAAAAGUUGGAGUAAUACCUCCAAAAAAGUUCAUAACAAGACUUCGGAAAGAGAAUGAGCUUUUUGACAACUAUAUGCAGCAAGAUGCGCAUGAGUUCUUGAACUAUCUGCUAAAUACAGUUGCUGAUAUUUUGCAAGAGGAGAGUAAACAAGAGAAGCAAAACGGUCGUUUACCGAAUGGCAGCAUUGACAGUGAAAAUAACAACAGUCCACCAGACCCAACGUGGGUUCAUGAAAUUUUUCAGGGAACGUUAACAAAUGAAACCAGAUGUCUUACUUGUGAAACGAUAAGCAGUAAAGAUGAAGAUUUUUUAGACCUUUCUGUUGAUGUGGAGCAAAACACGUCUAUCACCCACUGUUUAAGGGGAUUCAGCAAUACAGAAACCCUGUGCAGUGAAUAUAAAUAUUACUGUGAAGAGUGUCGCAGUAAACAGGAAGCACACAAAAGGAUGAAAGUGAAAAAGCUGCCUAUGAUCCUAGCUCUCCAUCUGAAGAGAUUUAAAUACAUGGAUCAGCUACAUCGAUAUACAAAACUCUCCUACAGGGUAGUGUUUCCCUUAGAGCUCCGGCUGUUUAAUACAUCAGGAGAUGCCACUAAUCCCGACAGAAUGUAUGAUCUUGUGGCUGUGGUAGUCCACUGUGGAAGUGGACCUAACAGAGGACACUAUAUUGCAAUAGUGAAGAGUCAUGAUUUUUGGUUACUCUUUGAUGAUGACAUUGUAGAGAAAAUAGAUGCACAAGCAAUUGAAGAAUUCUACGGGUUGACAUCGGACAUCUCAAAAAACUCUGAGUCUGGUUAUAUCCUCUUUUAUCAGUCUCGGGACUGAAAUGGGUCUGUGGUGAAAAGUGACUUCCUGUAUCGCUGCUUUUCUGGCAUUUGUGGAAAGGAGAAAAUACUAAUUCCAGAGAGAGAGAGAGAAUGCAGAGUCAAAAGAGUGGUAGCACAGUUUGCACAGAAAAAAGCCAAUGUUUCAGAGAGGCUUUCUUAAGCUCUUUAUAUCAUGCUCAUUUAAUUUGCUCAGGUGUCAUACUGAGAAUGCUGAUCCGCAACAAUUGCUCAUUGGGAACAGAGAGGCCAGCUGCUCUCAUAAGAGCUAGCUAUCGAGCAGCUGAAACACUGCUAGAAGAUUUUUUAUCAAAAGUCAAUUCAAGUCAGUGGUAAUAUUUUCAUGAUCUUCAGUACACUUUGAAUUUUGGCCAGUGUUGCACAGGAAAUAAGUGUAACAGAAGCAAUAUUAAUUUGACAUACAUAUUUUGUUUGUUUGUUUGUUUGUUUGUUUCUUAUUAAGAGUGCAAAUGAUUCUCUGUUCAUUUAUGCUCAGUUUCUGGGUUUAUCGCACACCUAAUUAGAGAGAGUUAGCCUAACAGUUGCCUUCCUGGCCAGAAAAAAUUAAUAGAAUUUGGUGUUAGCUAAUAGAAUCAAGAAGGCAAGUAUGUUUUGCUUCUUUUAAGAAGCUUACAUUACGGUAAUAUGUACCUCUAUAAUUGGUAACAGUUUGGGAUUUUAAACUCCCUAUGGGGAAUAACUUGGUUUAUAACUAUAGUUUAUUUUUAUUUAUGUAUUACUGUAACUUCUAGAGGUUUUGUAUUCUCAAUUCCAACAUGUUUUGGAGCCUAGUUUUGUAUAUUAGCUUAUAUCAGAUUUAAAUAUUUUAUUUCAUUGCUUAUCUAUCUCAUAUCUCAAUAAGGAUACAUUCGAAGCCUGAAGUAACUGAGGAAGGUAUAGGUUUUACUUCCUUCCAUGAGGAACUGAUGACUCUGGCUGUGUAUUUGACAUGAUUUAUUUAUGGAGUUGGAAAUGGAACUUUCCUCUGACCUUGUAAAACAGCUUACUUGUUUUAUCACUUGUUUUAUGAGAGACUAGAGCACUGUUGGUAUGCUAGACUUUCUGUUCUAAGUCUUCUAAACAAUUGGCUGCAAAGUAGGUCAGAGUUCCUCAUGCUUAAGUCCCAGUAGAAUCAGAGUGUGGGCUUAAUUGUGACAUUUAAUUAAAAACUGAAAAUAGUUUCACAAUAUCUCAAUCUUCAAUCUGUGGCUACAGUGGAUUUUAAAAUCCCAGAUGUAUGUUGGAUAAAAUGACUCCUUACAAUUCUGUGAUGGUUCUAUUCAGUAAAAUUUAGAUAGUAAUAAAAUUGUCUUUUGAUAUUUGGUUGGAUCACGACAGCAACAGAUGAUAUGGAACUGAUCUCUUCUGAUGGAAUUGAACUCUUCUAGCUAACAUUUCCAUACAUUAUCAUUGUUGUCUGAUGGUGGCUGAAUGUAACUU